CGUAGCCUGUGUUUUAUGGGCGUUUCUGAAACCGAACAGAUAAAACCGGAACCGGAGCCCGGGUCCCCUAGACCCGCUGUUCCAGCCCAGACUGAGCAGAGCCAGAACCACAUCCGAACCACAUCCGAACCCAGAAGACCGCAUCCAGACCUGAACAUGGACCCGCGGACCGGAACCAGGACCCAGGUGGUCCAGGAGAGCUUCGCCCUGUCCCGGAUGUCAGCCCGGAGCACCGAACCGGAGAUCUUCACCUUCGACCGGGUCCCGGCCCAGGCCACCGCCGUGCGCUCCGUGGUCCCCAUCCGGCCCAGGAAGCGCUGUUCCCGGGUCAUGUACCCGGCCCAGGUCCGCAUGCACCUCCCGCCCCCGGAGCGGAUGAGUCCGGCGGCCCGGUGGCUGCUGGUCCUGGUCCUGGUGGUCCUCCUGCAGAUCUACUUCGAAGACCCGUGCGGAGAACCCGGAGCCGCCGCGGGCCCGCACGGCCUCCCGGUCCGCUGCUCCGGGGAGCCGCCGGUCCUGGGCGGGUGCGAACCGGACCGGACCGUCCCGGACCGGGACCGGAGCCCGGCCCGGGGCUACGUGGUAGCUCUGCUGGUGUACCACCGCCUGGGCACCGACAACUGACCCGGACACCACCGACAACCCCCCCCCCCCCCAGCCCGGGGGGUCCGACCCGCAUGAGCCGAACCGCAUGAGCCGAACCGCAUGAGCCGAACCGCGGCGCAUCCAGAUCCAGAUCCGGAGGAGGUCCGGACCGACAGCGGCCCGUCCUGACACACGAAGCCGGAGACGGAGCCCUGAGGCCGGCGUCAGUCUGCCGGCGGCCUGCCUGGGGAGCCGGAGGUCCGGACACUGGACCCGGAAAAGGGACCUAGAGCCCCGAACCGAGCCGAACUGGGCCGAACUGAACCGAACUGAGACUUGAAGCGAACCCGUUAAACUUGAACUGACCGUAAUGUUUCUGUCUGUGUGUAUUUAAGUGUGUAUUUAAGUGUGUAUUUAUUUGUGAGCUGCUCUGUUAGACCUGACUUUCCAUCUCAUGUACACUGGUAGAAUGGACUGCCUCUUAUUUACCUAUUUAUUCACUAUUUAUUGAUAAUUUUAAUAAUAAAAAAAAAUGUGUCACAGAACUGUGUGAGUGGAGUCUGCACUGGAAACUGCUGAUCAAUAAAUGAAUCAAUAACUU